AGACCUCCUGCUAUGGCCAGUGCAGCUGACAGUGUCGGCAGUCUGGGUGCUGAGCAGAACCACCUGAGCGUCCCCGUCACAGAUCAUGGAGCCUGGGCCACGGCCAUGAACAACCUGGGCAUCAUGCCUGUGGGCAUCAGCGGGCAGCAGCUGGUUUCAGACUCUCUGUGUAUCCAGAGGUUCGACCCCGCCCUCGGCCUCAUCGCGCCCAUAAACCCCAUGAUGGCGGGAAUCAGCCUGGUCCCUCCCCCGCCUGUUCCCCCCGACAUGCCGGUCAUCAAGGAGAUCAUCCACUGCAAGAGCUGCACCCUGUUCCCUCAGAACCCCAACCUGCCCCCUCCCUCCACACGGGAGCGCCCCCCCGGCUGUAAGACAGUGUUUGUGGGCGGUUUGCCGGAGAACGCCACAGAGGAGAUCAUCAGGGAGGUGUUCGACCAGUGUGGGGAGAUCACCGCCAUCCGCAAGAGCAAGAAGAACUUCUGCCACAUCCGCUUCAGUGAGGAGUUCAUGGUGGACAAGGCCCUCUACCUGUCAGGGUACCGGAUGCGGAUUGGGUCCAGCACUGAUAAGAAGGACUCAGGGAGGAUCCACGUGGACUUCGCUCAGGCCCGAGACGACCUGUACGAGUGGGAGUGUAAGCAGCGGCUGCUCGCCAGAGAGGAGAGACACCGCCGCAAGAUCCACGAGGCCCGGCUGAGGCCGCCGUCACCGCCUCCCAUAGUGCACUACUCCGAACAUGAGGCGACGCUGCUCGCAGAGAGACUGAAAGACGACCACAAGUUCAACGAGGCCACAGCGGUGCUGUUCACCUGGAUCGACCGCGGCGAGGUCAACCGCCGCACCGCCAACCACUUCUACUCCAUGAUCCAGUCGGCCAACAGCCACGUCCGGCGGCUGAUGAGCGAGAAGGCGCAGCACGACGAGGAGAUGGAGCGCGCCAAAGAGGCGUUCAAGAACGCCCUGCUGGCCAUACUAACUCAGUUCGAGCAGAUCACGGCCGUUUUCACCGCCGCCACCAGGCAAAAGGCAUGGGACCAUUUCUCAAAAGCACAGCGCAAGAACAUAGACAUUUGGCGCAAGCAGUGUGAGGAGCUGAGAAACGCUCACAGUGAGGAGAUCAUGGGCAUCAGACGAGAGGAGGAGAUGGAAAUGUCAGACGACGACCUGGAUGAAAAUCCCUGCAAGAGGAUCCGCACUGAGGAGAACGGAGUGUGUGAUCAGACCCAGGCAUCUCUGAGGGAGGAAAACGACUCCCUGCGUUGGCAGCUGGACUCCUACAGGAACGAGGUGGAGCUUCUGAGGAAGGAGCAGAGCAGAGCUGGCCGCCCCGACGACGACCACGCACACACACAGACACACAAACACACACACAGUCCAGAGGCUCAGAUCCAGCUGCUGCAGCAGAGCAUGCUCACCAUGCAGCAGCAACUCCUGAGCCUGCAGGAGAAGCUGUCGAAUAAGGAAGCAGAGUUGGAGCAGGCCAGAGAGGAGCAUCACUACCUUGAGGGGGAGGUGCUCACCCUCCGAGACAAGCUGCUGAACAGUGCUGGGGAGGCUGUGGAGGGAACCAACGGAGAGCUUCAUGACAAGGGGAUGAACGGGUGUGUUCCUUCACUGUACCACAGCAGAGACAGGAGGAGUGAGGUCAUCCUGAGAGGAGGCGUGGCUUCAGAGAAGGAGGCUCUGCUUCUGGGCAUCAUAUCGACCUUCCUCCACGUUCAUCCGUUUGGCGCCAACCUGGAGUACCUGUGGUCGUACAUCCAGAGACUGGACUCCAAGGUGUCGGCGGGGGAGUUGGAGCGCCUCAUGGUCCGUCUGCCCACCAUGUUCAGGCAGGAGCUGAGCGGCGUCGGUGCAACUCUGGAGAAACGCUGGAAGUUCUGCGGCUUCGACAGCCUCGGCUCGGCGUGACGCAGGGAGG